GGUUGAGUCACCUGGUGGUAGCCAGCUAGUGAUGGCUAUUUAACAGUCUGAUGGCCUUGAGAUAAACACAGUUUUUCAGUCUCUAGGUCCCGGCUUUAAUGCAUCUGUACAGACCUCGCCUUCUGGAUGAUAGCGGGGUGAACAGGCAGUGGCUCUGGUGGUUGAUGAUCUUUUCGGCCUUCCUGUGACUGUGCUGUAGGUGUCAUGGAGGGCAGGUAGUUUGUCGUUUUGCAUACCGCACCACCCCUUCGCGUUUGAGGGCGGAGCAGUUCCCGAACCAGGCUCUGAUACAGCCCGAUAGGACGCUCUCAAUUGUGCAUCAGUAAAAGUUUGUCAGGGUUUUGGGUAACUGAAUGCUUUUACAGAUGGCACGUUUCAGGCAGGCUGAUAAAAAUGCAAAUGUUUCUUACGAUUUUAAAGCAUCGGAUGUGCCACAUUUAGAGCUCAAAGGUCACUCAAGGACACACUCUGAGAAAUAAUUUAGACUUUAAUUUGUAAAGAUGACUAUGCAAAAAUGAUAUUUACAGCGCAUAUAUUACCUCGAAUGAAAGUCAGAUUUUGAUUUGGUAAUUUCUGUAUUGGUCUCAGACAUUCCACAACUAUCGCCACAUUUCCACCUUAAAUUUCAGACACAUUUGGUGAGUUCGUUUUGCAUGGCCCGGUGCCCCGGUUGUCUGGAGAUCCCUUUCAAGGACCAAUGGAAUUAGGCUUCUAGAACGUGUAAAGGCCUCUCAGCAGCUGGGGCACCGGGCCAAGCAAAAUGAAUUCGCCCACUCUAAAAGUCCCAUCCAAUCAACUAUUUCUCAGAUCAGCUGAUUCCUAAACUGCCAUUUUGUCUGCCGGACAUAGGGAGAGAGAGAAGCCAAGCAACAGCACAUCAAAUAACUGGAAUAACGAAAAAGCAGACGAUGUGAAUUGGCUGUCAAGUCCCAUCGGUAAACGUUAUUGAGAUUUGGGGUUUGAAAGGAAAUUGGAUCGAAUUUUAUGGAUAUAUCAGACUAAUUACGUAAAACAAAGGAGCACGAAACUCGAAGGACGCGAGUUGAGAAAGAACCCCGAACCCGUCAGAUAGCUAGCUUUUAGCAGUAGUGUUAGUAGGAAGGCUAGCCAGCCGUCUUCUGUUUUGUCUCUCUUGGUUUCGUCCUCGUCAAGUCUGAAGCUCAAGACAAAUUGGCAAGUUUGGCAGUUUAAUGUUGGUUCCCCUUCCUCGUUUAUGUGUCGCUCGAAACCAAGGGACUGCUCUGUUCAAUGUAGCCCAAACACACAAAACGUUAGUGGAAGUUGAAGUCAAGAACUCGGAAGAAGGAUUUGGUGUUAACUAAAGUUAGAUAGCUAGAUAACUGUUAAUAGCGAGCUAGCUAACUUAGCUGAACUUUGAUUUGAAUUCCGGGCACAUAGGUAGCUCGCCAGGCAGUGGACUGUGCUUUGUCUCGCUAAUUGAACGUUGGCAUCUAGGCUGCUCGUAAGCUAGUUAUGUUUAUUUGUAGCCAUCGAGCAAACAUUAAUGUUUACAAAUUGCACAGUGGGACUCUUUCCUGGAUCGAAUGCUCCAACGGAAAUAUAAGUUAACACAAGCUAGCCCAUAUUUGUUAGCUAGUUUUAUUAUACAGAAUAUAUACCUUGCUAAUUAUAUAGUUAUUUAACUGCUCACUGAUUUGCCAUUUCAAGAGGACCGGGGCAGAUAAAGCUAGUUUAAAAUUAUUAUUGUGCGCUGGAUUUGAACUAGCUUAGGUAACGUUAGCUAGCUAACACACAUAUUGCAACAAAUACAUUUUUCAACGACAAUGGACUAGACGUCAUAACACUUUUUUGUUGUUGUCAAGGAACCAAUUGACGUGGCCUGAAACCGUCACACACUUGCCGUCACUGGUGUUACGUGCGUCAGCUAAUAUCCAAUCAUUGGACCGUGUGUGUUGAUCAUCUAGCUAAUUAUUGUGGGGUUUGUAGCGAAACAUUGAAACACAAUGUCAGGACAGUCUAUAACGGAUCGGAUCGCCGCGGCACAGCACAGCAUGACCGGGUCGGCUAUUAGCAAAGCCGUGUGCAAGGCCUCGACGCACGAAGUCAGCGGUCCCAAGAAGAAACACCUUGAUUACCUGAUCCACUGCACCAAUGAGAUGAACGUCUCUGUCCCCCAGCUGGCAGACACACUGUUUGAGAGAACAGCCAAUAGUAGCUGGGUGGUGGUUUUCAAAGCCCUCAUCACUACACACCACCUCAUGAUGUACGGCAAUGAGCGUCUCAUCCAGUACCUGGCCUCUAGAAACACCCUCUUCAACUUGAACAACUUCUUGGACAAAGGUGCUUUGCAAGGUUAUGACAUGUCUACGUUCAUCCGUCGGUACAGCCGCUAUCUGAAUGAGAAGGCCAUGUCUUACAGGCUGGUGGCUGUGGACUUUACCAAGAUGAAGAGAGGGAUUGACGGUGUGAUGCGUACCAUGAGCAUAGAGAAGCUCAUAAAGACCCUUCCUAUUAUCCAGAACCAACUAGACGCACUGCUAGACUUCCAGGCCAACCCCAAUGAGUUAACUAACGGGGUGAUCAACUCAGCCUUCAUGCUGUUGUUCAAGGACUCCAUCCGUCUGUUUGCUGCCUACAACGAGGGCGUCAUCAACUUACUGGAGAAAUAUUUUGAUAUGAAGAAGGGUCAGUGUAAAGACGCAUUGGACAUCUAUAAGAAGUUCCUUUACAGGAUGACCAAGCUGUCAGAGUUUCUCAAAGUAGCAGAGCAAGUUGGAAUAGAUCAGGGUGAUAUCCCCGAUCUCUCACAGACCAUUAAAGGAUCAUGCAUUGCUCCUAGUAGUCUCCUGGAGGCUCUGGAGCAGCACCUAGCCUCUCUGGAGGGGAAAAAGACCAAGGAACUCACCGCUGAUACAAGAGCGUCCACCCUGUCCAGUGCGGUGUCGUCUCUGUCCAAUACAGGCAUGUCAUUCAGCCGCAUGGACGAGAAGGAGAGACAGCAGGCCUUAGAGGAGGAGCAGGCCAGACUGCAGGCCCUCAAGGUACAGGACCAGCGUCUGAAGGAGAUUGGCAUGUCCACUCCAUCUGCCUCCCCCAGUACACAGUCUAUGGGCAGUGUCAACAACAACCACCACAACACCAAUCAAGGCAUGGAGCUAUUCAGUGCACCCUCCACCAACAGCAUGCCCAACCUCAGUAGUGAUCUAUUUGACCUGCAGCCAGCCUUCCUACCUGCUGUCCAGAGCACUCCCUCGAUCUCUACAGCCACCAGUGCCUGGGGAGGUGCUGCUGAGACAGCUGAGUCCUCCAUGAGUGUAGAUUUUGACGCUGUUUUCGGGGGCGGGGCUAGAAGACAGGCCAAUUACGACGUACAGCCUGCCACCGAUGGGUUUGACGCUCUAGGGGACCUGCUGAAGCCCACAGUGCCCAGCCACAACCAGGCUCCUCCCAUGGCCCUGCACCACCCUGGUCAUCCCCAUCCAGGGCACCCAGGAGGCAAGCUGCUGCCCAAUGACCUUGACUCGUCCCUUGCCAACCUCGUUGGCAAUCUGCAGUUCGGAGGAGCCCCAGCCAAGAAUUUGUCGUUGUGUGCUCCGUUGUUCAGGCCAGACAUGCAGUGGAGUCAGCCUGGAGAGAAGAAGCUAACUGGGGGACACAACUGGCAGAGCAAGACCAUGACUAGCACCACGGCCUGGAACCCUGCUCCCAUGGCCCCUGCACCCAUGCCUGUACAACACAUGAAUGGGAUGUUCUAUGCCAGUUAUGCUCCAGCUCCUAUGACAUUCCCAAUGACGACGCCGCAAGUGCCUAUGUAUGGAAUGGUCCCCCCUCAAAUGGGUCAGAUGGGGAGUGUACAGUUGAUGGCCCCCCAGCCCAUGAUGUACAACCAGCCUGUACUCAGACCCACCAAUCCCUUCGCCCCCAUGCCUGGAGCCCAGAUGCAGUUCAUGUAAUCUCAUGGGGGGAGCAGAGUGCCGAAAGUGAUGGCAAAAACACACGCCGAGCGAACCACCGAAGACUAAAUGAACGAAUGAAUGAAUGAACGAAGGAAUGACAGACAGACGAAAGGACAGACAGAAGGAAAACCAACCAACACCAAAUAUGAGAGGAAGAGAGAAGAAAAAGAAAGGGAGGAUCAACCCGGGAGGGUGGAAGGCUAGAGCACGGAGGGGAUAUGUCAUAAUAAAGGCACAUCUCUGUCUGAAACAGCCCCCCUCCUGAAAAAAAUUAUAAAUAGUGUAUAUUAAAAAAAUAAACACCCAAAGCCCAUUACUGGGUUUAAAACUACCUAAAACUUGAAUGUGUAGGUCGUUUUCAGUCGAUGGGGUCAGGGGUUAGAGGUCCUAAGUUUAUUGCACUUAGGACCAGUGUAUACAUUAUGAAGUUUCUUUGUUGGGUUAGUUUGUCUUCUGUUACGUUCUCUGGUCGUUGGUGUACAUGGGUAGCCUAGGCCCUGUUACUGGGACUGUAUUUAUGUUGCUAAUAAGCUGAUAUUGAGCAAUUUGUCACAGAGUAAAAGAGGGAUGGAGAAGAGGGGAUCUAGCCAUAGGCAGAAAAAACAGGUUUGGAUUGAAAAAGAUCUGUAGGUUAAAGUUGCAUCCCACUCUCUUUGGUUGCAUCCACACAGGUAGGAAGAUGUAGGUGUUUGGAUUCAGUUUCUCUAUCUCGAAGCACGUGUGUUUGCGCGCAAGCUGUUAAUAAACCAUUUCUUUGUGAGCUGGUCUCUACCUUUCUUAGGCGACAGGUCACUAAUUGGAGCGGUUUCUAGAAAUCUUUAUUUUAAUUCUCCCAACUUUCUCACCGUUACUGAUAUCGAUCAAACCGGUGGAACCAAAGUCACACAGUACCGUUUGUCCCUGCUCGCUUGCCAUCCUUGACUGUUAGGUAGCGAAGAAAAGCACUUAUGUAUGUUACCCAAGGGAGCUGUUUCAGACACGGAGAAGCCUUUACCACAUGCAAUCAGACUGAGUAUAAACAUUAAGGAUAGCCCUCUACACUCAUCCUCACAACCACCAUCCUACCACCAGCCUAACCCUCAACCUCUUCUUAUGUCUAUUUGUCCAUGGAGAGCCACUGGAGAACUGUUGUAAAGUGUUUUUAAUCCCUCUCUCUACUUUGUGUCUCUUGUAAAAACAGUUUCUUCUUCAUCCUCAGUGUGUCCUUAAAUGUUGACGGAUUCGCACGCACACUAAAUUACACACACAAAGCAUGUUACUCACACACACACACACACACCCACCCAUGCGCAUUAACGUGUAGACACACACACACACACACACACACACACACACACACCUCCAUCCUGCGGAAACAAUGUUUGAUUUCAGAAUUGGAUCAUUCUGACAGUUGAUGUCACAAUUUGUGUUUCCUCUCUCAUAAUGUCCAUUGCUCUCGAUGGUGUCCUAUUGUUGCUAAAGCCAUAUGCAGUCAUUUUCUUCCCAACUGUCAAGAUGGGUCAAAUGAAAGGAUGUCAAAGUAACUUUUUGUGUCAAAGGAAGGAUAUUGUCAAACUGUUGAUGACUCAACAGAACUGUUUCAUGUUUUUAUUUUGAACAAAUAUAUGUGCCAAUAAGUUUGGUACUGGUUAGCGCUGAAUGAAACUUAAUUGCCAAGGGUUACUUUAUUGUUAAAUAUUUGGGGGACAUGGAGUUGAAAUGGACAAUACUGGUUUUAGCAUACUCUUGGUCCCAUAGGCUUUAUAAAAGAUGUCAAUGUAACUGAACUGUUGGUGCCAAAGGUCAAAACAGGUAUAGGGUCACAGUUGCCAUACUUUUUGCUGUCUAAUUCCCCUGUAAUAACACACAUUGGUUUGUAAUAUAUGCCAUGCGUUUCUCAUUGAGGACUGUUUUCUGUUUACUUCCUAUAUCUUGACGCUGAAGCCAAUAGUGAGUUAUGCCCCCUAGUUAUGUUAUAUAUAUAUAUAUAUAUCAUUAUAUUUUGAUGAACAAGCUGAAAUGUUUCACUGGUAUGACCACAUUCAGAACCUGAAAGAAAGGAGAGUUGGUGAUAAAUGAAUGGAUCAAAUCAAAGUGUAUUGCUCACGUACACAGAUUUGCAGGUGCAGCGGAGUGCUUGUGUUUUGAAUGCACAUGCAGAUCCCUAAGACGAACCCUUCCCCUUGUCUCGGUCCACAUCACCAGUGAGUUGAGUACUGUGGAGCGUCUGACUGAUCCUUUUCACUUUCUAGUAGACCUAGCGCUCUAGAACACUAUCUUAGCAUCUUUGCUGCUCUUUGGUCUAGUGUGCAUAGCUCUAUAUUCACCUCUUGGUGACUUGCCAAUUGCCAUUGUCUUCAAGAUUAUCUUGGUGGAUCGUCACUGUCUAGUAGACCUAGCUCUAAUUUCCCCUCUUAGCCUCUUUGUCACUGUGUCUAGCAUGUAUAGCUUUAUCUUCUCCUGGUUUUUCUUUUCUGUCAAGUUUGUGUCAAACUCAUUCGCUCCACCCUUGUACUUGUUUUAAAGUCACGAAUUAGUAACUCCCCUCACCUGGUUGUCUAGGUCUUAAUUGAAAGGAGAAAAAAACAAAAACCAGCAGACACUCGGCCCUCCAUGGAAUGAGUUUGACCGCCCUGGUCUAUAUUUAAAGAAUUGUCUCCAGGAUCACUUUAGAUUCAUUCCCCUUCUGACCUCGUUUCAUUGUCUAGUAUAACUAUAUUUAGAUAGAAUCUCCUAUUGGAGUCUUCACUGUCCAGUAUGUAUAGCUCUAGAUUCUUCUUGCUUCUGCUUUUGUAGAUGAUACAUUACAAUCCCCUUUUUCUUAUAACUUCCUGUUUCUUCACUGGACUCUGUCAUAGGCCUUCACUUAAUCAUGCUGUGAGUGGGCGUGUACGCCAUCUUUAAACUUAAACUGUCUCUGAUUGGAUCAUAUGCAUUUUAUGUCUUGUCGGUGAAACCAAACUAUCCACAAUGGCCAAGGGGGAUGUAUACUCUCAAUGAGGAAUUAAGUCUGUAGUCUUUAAGUAUUUGAGGGUUCUGGUGGCACUAGUCUUUGUCUGUAGGAAGGAUUGCCUCGCGAUAGUAGUACCUGUGUAAACGGGGGUUGAGAACCAGUGGUGGUCGUUUGGAAGUUAAAGGUCCAAUGCAGCUGUUUUCAUCUCUAUUUCAAAUCCUUUCUAGGUAACAAUUACUACCUUUUUGAUUGUUUUCAAUUAAAAUGGUCAAAAAUAAGCAAAGAUAUCAGUUUCUCAAGCAAGAAUUGUGUUAAGAUUGUCAGGGAGUGGUCUGAGUGGGGAGGGGAAUGCUAGCUGUAGGUUUGGAACGCUCUUAUUGGUCUAUUAAAUUUACCGCCUGGUGACGUCACCAAGCAAGCCAAAACGCCAUCCCACCAAAACAGGCUGAAAUUUGACUGUCUUUUCAAACAUCUCUAACACUAAAAUGGCAUUAUCAUUUUCACAAUAUCACACUAUUAUUCCAACCUUACUAUGUGGAUAUAUAUUAAACACAGAAACCCUUCUCUGGGCUCCUCAUACUGUGAUAGUCCCUUACUCAGGAGGGUAGGAAGCUCUGGGUAGAAGUUGCUCUGAGACCGAUCUAGGAUCUGCAAACCCUUGGGGGAGAAAUGCAAAACUGACCUUAGAUCAGUGUCUAGGGACAACUGUAUUUGUAUCCCAAUGGCACCCUAUUCCCUAUGUAGGCCUCUGGUCAAAAGUAGUGUACUAUAUGGGGAAUAAUGCCAUUUGGCACACAAUCCUUGUUUGGCACUGAAGUUGAUGAGCACAGCUUUUUCUCUGGAAUUUAUCAUGUCUUAUGUUCUCUGGUUCUUCAGUAGUUUCAUUUCUCUCUUUUUGAGUCAUUUUUAAACUAGAUUGUUGUUCUGCAUGGUACCCGGCCUGCCUGUGUUUUGUGUCUUUGAACUGGUUUCAAAAUAGUGGAAGAAUAGCAGAGGGGGAGAGAGACAGUGUGGAGACUACAAUGUUGAUUGUCCUGUUAUAAUCUUAGGGGGUGCGUCUCAAUCUUGUCUUUUUCUCUCGUCUUCUAAGACCUGAAGAGCGUUAGCUCCCAGAGCGAAUGCCAACAAUGUCAAAUCACGCUGUUGGUCUGUUUUAUGGUAGGCUUUUCUUCCCCUGUGCAUGGUCGUGAUGUGUUCUUUCUACAGCUCCCCUUAAAAGCAUGAUCUGAUUUACUGUCUGUUAAAACUCCGGGUUCCGGAUUGUCAUGGUUGCAUUUCUGAUUACAUGCCGCAAGGACAGACACCCCUAACCAUAGCUCUAGGGUGAAUCUCAAUAGUCUUUCCUUGGCUCAUUGCGUCCUCUGUCCUCAACGCAUUGGAGGAGGUGGUCUGGGGGUGUAGCCAAACCCUUUUACUUUUCCAAAGAUGCCACGUUACUUUUUCCCUUUAUUGAAAGAUCAUAUCUGCAAGUGUAGCACCCUCUAGUGGCGAGUUCCUGUAGUAACACAGUAAUUGAAGAUGUCAUCAACCUGAAAUGAAAAAGGAACAGGGAAAAAGAGGAAUGGCUUUUUGGGGUUAUAAACGGAUAAAUCUCUCCAUAAAAUUUAUCAGUUUAUCCGUUAUAAACUGAUACAUUUGCUCAUUUUCAGUCAGUGUUUGUUCAAUGAUCAUGUGCACAUUUUUUCCCUACAUGUUUUUUUUGGAAACUACCCUUCUGAUAGCUGAACUGGUGAUAACUAUGUAAAUAGAAACAUGCAAACACAUACACACAUAUACAUCACAAUCCCUGUAUUGUACUAUACAGGGAAUAUGGGCUGCGUUUACAAGGGCAGCUCAAUUCUGAUCUUUUGCCCAAUUAUUGGUAAAAGAGCUGAUCUGACUGGUCAAAGAGAAAUGAUUUGAAUUUGGCUGCCUGUGUAAACGCAGCCAUGGUGUCAUUUGGGACACAUCCAUACACACACAUCAGCCAUAAUGUUAUUUUUGUCUUUGUAUUAUUAUUUUUCUGAACAUGAGAGCUAUUUGAUAUUUGCAUUAUACAGUAUAUAGAUAUAUAAUAAUACCCAAGGGGUGAUUAAACGUAUGAAGAAGGGGAUUGGCUGCAUAUCUACAGGUUGCCAAUGGAUGUCAUUGAUUGUCAAGGAUGCCAAAGGAUUCAGAGAAUCACACCUUUGUCUCUGAUUCUUCUUCUUGUUCUUCCCCCUCUUUGUACAUUUUUAUUUAUUUCUGCAGAAAUAUUAGGAUUUUAUUAAGCAUGGAAAUAAUACAAAACGAACGUUACAGAAAUCCAAAAAUCAUUGGCUUUUAUUUUACUUACUGUGUUUUAUUUUGAUUAUCUUUUUUUGGAAGAAAUAAAGUCAUUUUCCAUUCCUAAA